UCCCUUCGGGUUUUCCCUGCUUCUUGGUGGACUCUUCGGGUUGGAGACGCCCUGAGAGUGAAUUUGAGCUGCUGUGUGAUUCCUGGAGCUAAAGCUCGCUUAAAACGCAGACGAAGGGAUGGAGUUGCUUUAUGGCUCAAGUGAAAAGGGCCUGCUCCGUUGGAUACUCUGUAGGCAAAAUAUAACUCGCAUCUGGGAUGAUAGAACCAUACCUGGUAGGCUCAUGUGACGUGUAGGAAGAGGUAUGGAUGCACGGGAACAGCGUCUCCCUCUGGGUCAAGGUGCUCUUCCAGUAGCACAGCUCUUGAGAAGGCAGCAGACACUUCAGAAGUUACUCAAGAAGAAAUUGUGCUCCCCCGAAAGAAAACCUGGAUCCUACGGCUGCUCAUUACAUGUUCCAGGAUGACCCUUUCCUUAUGCCAAGAAAUGCAGCCAAUUCCCGUCUGUUUUCGUUGUCGAAGGAAUCUGGGAGAAAUGCUGCUAAAUACAUCAUUAAGCAAUUUCCUCAAUAUUUUGACAAGACUUUUGCAGAGCCGAAUGUGUCAUGCUUAAUGCCAGAGUUUCUUACACCUCAGAUUGAAGGACUGAGUGAGGAAGCUCUAAAAGAGCGUAUCCACCUCAGAAUGGUGAAAGAGUCUGUGGACCUGUUUGAUCAGCUUGUACAAGCAGGUACCCCUUUAUCCCUGGAGACCACAAACAGCCUUUUAGAUUUGUUAUGCUUCUAUGGAGAUGAAGAAGCUAGCCUGGAAAAAGAAGAAGAAAAAGGGGAUUUGGAAGAACCAGAGGUGGAUACUUCAGAGCAAAAGGCUCCAAAGAGACAACUGCAGAGAGGUUCACAGUCAUCUGGCCCUCGGUGGAGGGAGAACAACAAUGCUGAGAGGAUAUUUAAGAUAAUGCCAGAGAAGAAUGCACAUUCCUAUUGCACAAUGAUCCGUGGGAUGGUGAAGCAUAGGGCUUUUGCUAAAGCUUAUGAUGUGUACAUAGACCUGAUGAAUGAAAGACACAAGGCUGAUGUGCACACCUUCAAUGCACUGAUCGCAGCAGUCCCCUACCUGAAGGACAGGUUCUUGGAAAGAUGGGAAUUAGCCAAGGUCUUCCUGAAUCACAUGGUUCAACAGGAGGUGCAACCAAAUCUGCUAACUUUUAAUGCUUUGCUGAAGACUCUGAGAAGGUGUGGUGGUGUAGGCAAAAGUAUGUCUUUAUUGGUAAUAAAGGAAAUGGAAGCACUUGAUAUAGAGCCCAGCCUUGCAACAUAUGAUCAUCUUCUGUAUAUAUUCUAUAGAGGAGUUGAUCUUUACCCAUCAGGCAUCAUCUCUGAGGUACUAGAUGAUGUGGAAAAGAGGAGCUUCACUCCCCAGGACCCUGAUGACGCCAAGUUUUUCACCACUGCCAUGCAAGCGUGCUGUGACCUGAAGGAUAUCAAGCUCGCCUAUCGGUUAAAUAAAGCGAUGGAGAACGGAGACAACUGGAAGUUCUUGGAUGUAGAUCGACUAAAUGUCUACUGGUCAAAAUUCUUCUCCUUGUUGUGUAUGAUGGAACAAAUUGAUGUUGUGUUGAAGUGGUACAAAGAAAUGUCCCCUUCGCUCUUCUAUCCAACUCCUAAAAAUAUCCUGGACCUCCUCCAAGCACUGGAUGCAGCCAACCAGUUGGAAGUGAUCCCUUCAGUCUGGGAAGAUGUGAAGCAGCUGGGGUUUCAGAGGAGACACGAGCUGUUGGAAGAGCUCUUGUCUUUGAUGAGCAGGGAGCAGCACCCUGAUGAGGUUCAGCUGGCGUUUGCCAAGUGUGCUGAAGACAUCAAAGCUGCCCACGAGACAACUGGGCAGACCCCCUUGGAGUGGACAGGCAGCACCCUGGGCCAUGUGGCUCUGCUCUUUGCCAGGGCUGGCAGGACCCAGGACGCUUGGAACAUGAUGGAGCGUUUCCAGCAAAUCAAUCGGAUUCCCACUGACCAGGUGCUGGAUGAGUUCCUGAACUGUGCCAAACGAACCAAUUCCCCGGAGGAGGCAAUUAAGCUGGUCAAGCUGGCAGCAGCCCUCAGCCUCUCUUCCUUUCAAAGGCUUAAAAGCAGGACAGAGGAGGAGUUUGAACUCUCUGAAGAGCAGAGGAAGACACUGGAGAGGAUCGAGUCUGACAGCGACAGCAGUGACAGUGACAGCGACAGCGACCGUGAGUAGGUGCAGCCUGUCCUUCCCCUCAGCUGGGACCCCUCAGGGCUGAAGGGCAGGACCGAAGGGACAGCUUGGGGGAGGUGCUGCAGCACUGCUGAGGCCUCCAGAGCUGCUGGUAUGGGCCCUGCUGGGCAGAACACUGUGCUCCGUGGAGCCCAACCUCCCUCACCUUCUGGGGAGCUGAAGCGCAGCCUCUCCCUUACCACUGCUGACUCCCUUCCCAGCCGUCUUUAAUGAGCUACACACUACCAACUGUGUGUGGAAGCACUGCAGCUGACAGUGCUCAUCACCUGUGCUGGUAUUCCUCAUCCUUUUGGGGACAGGCUUUGGACUGUAGCUAUUAAAAAGCUCCACUUUGCACAGCUGGAGCCUGCACCUAAUAAAUGGCUGCCAUGAAAGCUGCCUCUAUGCUGGUGAGCCCUGAGGAACACCUGGGGACUACACCAAGUGUUGCUGCUGCCCUGAGAGGCAGGGAGGUGGAUGUUUGGGGAGAGAGACUGCUGUGCAGUUCCCUCAGUGCAGCACUGCUGCCCUCUGCCCACAGACGAAGCCUGAGCGGCCUCCUCACAUAGUUGCCUCCAGCAGGCAAAGAAUGGUCUUGUUCCUGAGAGGAUUAAACGUA